CCAGGCCGUGCUGGUGCCAGUGCUCCCGACCCGGCCCGGCCCGGCGGGCACCACCCUCCGGCCGCUUCCGCCCCCGGGCCGCCUCAGGCCCUGCCCCUCCGCGGCUGCCGCGGCCUGGCUCAGGCUGGGCGCAGGGAGGCGGCGGAACCCCGCGCCGUGGCCCGUGUUGCCCUGCGGGCCGGAAGUGCUGCACCGGGCCGGCGCUGGGGCCCAGAUCUCCCUUCCCCGGGCCGAGAUGGCCGCUGCCGGGGCGCUCCUGGCCUGGUGCAUCCAGCAGCUGCGCGGCGACUUCGGGCUGGACGUCAGCGAGGAGAUCGUGGGUUGGAAGAAAAUCAGGAUUCCUGCACCUGAAGGACUGGGAUGCUCUCAGUCUGCCUCUUUGGGACCCUCAGGAAAUUCUCCAGUACAUCUUGUCAAUUGAAAAUGAGGAGGAGAUCCGAGAGUAUGUAAUUGACCUCAUCCAGGGAACAGAUGGGAAGAAAAGUCGGUUUAUAGAAGAGUUGGUAACCCGAUGGAGAAAGUCCUCUCAGAUGGAUUCCGUCCCUUUGCCAAUAUAUAGAAAAAGAGAUGAUGUUUCAGAUGUGCAUCGGGCAGGAGACCAAGGCAAGAGGGGGAGGCGCAAAGGAAGGAACAAGCAAGAAACAUAUCUGUAUGCUGAGCCCAACCUGCCUGCAGAGGAAGUAAAAACACCCCUUGAUCUGGCCAAGGCACAAGAGAUGGGCAGUGGUGGCAGCGUCAGCGGUACCGCCAAGAAAAAGGCCAAAUUCGUCAACCUGUACACCAAGGAGGGUCAGGACAAACUGGCAGUCCUGAUCCCUGGACGCCACUCCUGUGAGUGCCUGGGCCAGAAGCACAAACUCAUCAAUAACUGUUUGACCUGCGGCCGUAUUGUCUGCGAACAGGAGGGCUCCGGCCCCUGCUUAUUUUGUAGUACACUGGUGUGCACGAAGGAAGAGCAGGACAUUCUGCAGCGUGACUCAAACAAGAGCCAGAAGCUGCUGAAGAAGCUCAUGGCAGGUACUGAGAGUUCUGGGCAGAUGGAGAUCCUCAGCAAGGACCUGCUGCCUCGUCAGGAAGCUCGGCUUAAGACAGGUCUGGAGAUGGCCAUGAAACACAAAGACAAGUUGCUGGAAUUUGACAGAAUGAGCGUGCGCCGUACUCAAGUCAUUGAUGACGAGUCGGAUUACUUUGCUACAGACUCCAACCAGUGGCUGUCCAAACAAGAGCGUGAGGCGCUGCAGAAGAGAGAGGAGGAGUUGCGAGAGCUGCGCCACGCUUCUCGACUUGCCAGAAAAAUCACCAUCGACUUUGCUGGCAGGCAGAUCCUGGAGGAGCAGGAUAGCAUGGCUGAAUAUCACAACAAGUUGGAUGAGACAAUUGAUGCCAUUAACUGUGGCACACUGAGCAAGCCAUCGAGGAGACCCCAGGGGAAGUUUGAAGUGGGCUCUGGGCUUCUGGUGAAUCCCCACCUUCUCCAGCCUGCCCCCUUGUGGGUAGACCAGACUGGCUUGCUCCUGCACAGAAAAACUGCUCAUUCUGCAGAAACUGGGCAUGAGUCUGCCUCCGAAAGGAACAGGUUACGGAUUCAGGAUCGAGAAUUACAGGAGAUCUCGGAUGAUGGCUGGUGUCUCAGCAUGCACCAGCCUUGGGCUUCUUUGCUGGUAAAAGGAAUCAAAAGGGUGGAGGGCAGGACCUGGUACACAUCCCACAGAGGGCGGCUGUGGAUAGCAGCUACUGCUAAAAGACCAUCCCCUCAAGAAAUCUCUGAGCUAGAGGCCACCUACAGAAUGCUGCUCCACGAAGAUGUGGAAUUUCCCAGAGAUUAUCCUUCUGGGUGCCUCCUGGGUUGUGUGGACUUGGCUGAUUGUCUGUCACAAGAACAAUUCAAGGAGCAGUAUCCAGAAUUGAGCCAGGAGUCUGCGUCUCCAUUCGUCUAUGUCUGCAGUAAUCCCCAGGAGAUGAUCGUGAAGUUUCCCAUCAAAGGAAAACCCAAAAUCUGGAAACUGGAUUCAAAGAUUCAUCAGGGAGCAAAGAAGGGGUUAAUGAAGCAGAAGGAAAUUGUUUGAACUCCCCACCCACCAGGAACCCAGCCCAGCUGCUCUUCCCUGGCCUAGGUUCUGAAAGGCAGGUGCUUCCAGGGGGACUGAGAGCCGUUGUUAAAAUAUCUGACUAUUGUAUUCCAAGGCCAUUAAAUGAGGAGAGCUUUGUGCCUCGCUCUCUAUGUGCACAG